AUGAAUUUUAGAAUUUUUGAUGUCUUCUCUUUGUGCUUUUCCUUCUUCAUCCAGUUUACUUUCACUUCCAUUUCUAUCUUUUGCAAGAGAUAAACAAAACAGAGUACCCACUUUACCAACAAUGCCAUUCCCUUUCUCCCCAACUCGAAACCCUAAUAUCCAAUUUCUUCUUCUCCCUCCAAAAACACUCUUCAAAUGCUUCUGUUCUUCCACCACUCUCUCCCCCGACAAAUGGGAACCUUUUCUCAAGAAAAAAGUCGUUAUGAGAGUCGGAUAUAUUGGAACAGAUUUUAGAGGUUUGCAAAUUCAACGGAAUGAACACAAAUUAUCCACUAUUGAGAAAGAACUUGAAACUGCUAUCUUCAAGGUCGGUGGCAUCCGUGAUAGUAACUUCGGUGAUCUGGAUAAGAUUAAAUGGGGCCGAAGUAGCAGAACCGACAAAGGAGUUCACUCUCUGUCAACAAUGAUAUCCUUUAAGAUGGAAAUCCCUGAGAAUGCAUGGAAAGGAGAUGAUCAUGGCAUUGAAAUGGCAAACUACAUAAAUUCUUAUCUUCCUAAUAGUAUCAGAGUUUUUAGUGUAUUGCCUUCAACAAAAAGAUUUGAUCCUAGAAGAGAGUGCAAUCUGCGGAAAUAUUCUUACCUCCUCCCUGCUGAUAUAAUAGGAAUCCAGAGUCACUUUAGUGAGGAUGAAAUAGAUUUUCACAUUUCUGAGUUCAACAGUAUACUUGGUGUUUUCGAGGGAGACCAUCCUUUCCAUAAUUAUACUGUUCGGUCUAUAUACAGGAAAAAACACCAUGUAAGGAAAUCACCAAAAAAUGGUGACAUGUCGAAGAGAACGGGAUCAUCAUCUAAUUUGUUAUCAGCCUGUGAUUCAGAGAAUGAGGAAAGUGAUGUCGAUGAUUCUUUGAGCGAUGAUGAGGAACAAAGCCACAAGUGCUUAGAGUCUAGUGAAUCAAAUAGUUUGAAUAAUCAAAACUCUAGUUUAGGAGUUCGCGCAAGGUGGUUGCAUGAACCAGAUGAGGCAGAUCGAUUAAAUGCUUCUCAUUUUAGAAAGGUCGUACAUUGUUCCUGUGGGAAGUUGGAGACACUUCUUGGAUAUCGUUAUGUUGAGAUCAAUGUAUGGGGGGAUUCCUUCAUGCUACAUCAAAUACGCAAAAUGGUCGGGACUGCUGUGGCCGUAAAGCGCAAGUUAAUUCCAACAGACAUCUUUUCAUUGUCACUCCUCAAGUUUUCCCGUAUCGUCCUCCCAAUUGCCCCACCAGAAGUCUUGAUUUUGAGAGGAAAUGCUUUCAGAAUGAGGUCAAGUGGUGGAAGCUACACCAGGCCUGAAAUGGUGUCCAUGGUUGAAUCAGAACAAAUUCUUAAAUCCGUCAAUGAGUUCUACACAUCUGUUAUGUUGCCUGAAUUGUCAAAGUUCCUUGACUCGUCAAAGUCUCCUUGGGCGGAUUGGGUUGAGAAAUUGGAUAAGUAUUCAAGCAUUCCAGAUGAUCAAUUGGAGGAAGUAAGAGAGGCUUGGAGGACAUGGAAGGUAAGUUUCAAGGCGAAACCGACAUCGGAUGCAUAGUACAUGUAUUCAGUUGUUAAGCUGCAGUUUGCUUGAUUUUAUCAUGGAUAGAUCUCUAUGACAGACCUUAGGCCCAAAACUGGAGUUAUCUUGUAGUCACUGAAACUAGCAGAGAAAAUCAACUCGAUCCAUUCUUUCUUGUUUCUCUCUUUUCCAGCAGGCACUACCAUCAUCAACAUAUGAAAGAAGAGUUGAGUUUCAAAUGUUUCAUCAUUUUCAUUAUCUUUUUCCACCACCAUGCCGAUGAUAAUCACUUUCCCUUUUUUUAAACUUUUUUUGCUAUUGCAUCUUUACAUUUUUUUAAUAUCUUUAUACAUUCCUCAUCAUUCCAGUCGUGCAAUAUCCACUGCUUUGUCAUUCAAAGUAAUAAGGAUCAAAACCAUUUAAAGGAAAUUAACAAUUUUAUGGUACGAACGGAUAGGCUGCAACUAAGUUUUAAAGCACAUAUCAAUAAAAUUGUGAUAUAACUGUUUACCUUCAAUAAAAUGGCAUCAGUUGGAGGAAUUUUCUCAAACAUGUCUCCACCAACAUAAUUUAGGUUCUCACCUCCCUGCAAGCCAUCAACGACGAGUGGGAGAUCAAACACAAAGCACUCCAAUUGGCAAAGGCCUUUGCCAUGGUUCCCUGUGCCUCCUCCAACAUCAACCAAUGAUUCCAACCCAUUGAACAUUUCCUUGCACCUCUCAAUCACCACAGUAUUGACCAACUCGCCAUUGUAUCAUUCAUCAUUUUGUUAUAUUCCGGCUUACUUGCUGCA